UAUUAGAACCUUUGAAACAGAGCAUCGUCUUAUCCACCACCACCACCGGAGCUCCUCCUCUGCUCUGUGAUUUUGGAUUCUGAUGAUAUGUCAGCUUCUUACCACACUCUCACCAGCCUCACUUCUCUCUCCUUGACCUCAAAACGCCGUCGUACUAUUAUUCCUUCAACACCUCACUCGCUCACACUCGCUCGCUCUUCCCUCACCGGCUUCCGAGAAAUCUCCACCGAGCCGAAGCAACCCCAAACCGACGCUGUAAACCUCACAGAAGCGCCGCUUCUUAAGAAGCAGAACGACGUCGUCCCGCAGAAGAAGAAGCGAGACGAUGAAGACGAAGAUGGAGAUCAGGCGAUUUCGAAGAUUCCGGUUCCCAGGCAGAAGUACAUCCCGGUCUCCAAGGCCGAGCUGCUAGACGGCGUCGUUUCGAAUCUCUUCCGAGACCAGAACGGCGAUGAUUUGGAGCAGUUUCUUCUUCUUUCAUCGUGCUUGGAUUCGAUUCUUCAUGCCGAGCACAAAAACAUUCUGGAGGAAAUGCGAGCCGAUUAUUCGGAACCCAACUCCAUGGAGUACAAGCAAGCAAUUGAAGAGUUAGCAAUGGCUAAUGGGCAGGGCUCGGAUUCUGCUGAAGGAAUCAAUGGAGUUGGGAGUGAAGAAAAUGAAGCUGAAAUUCCGUUCGAUUAUGUUGAGGGACUGAGGAAACUCUUGGGUUCUUCAGCUAAGGACGUCAAAAGAGUUGCCGUAGCCACUCGUUUCCAGCGCUCUUUCAUGCAGCUUCUUUAUGACGCUCAGUUUGAAGAACUAUCAGCAAGGGAUUUAAUGUUGACAUCUGCAUUAAACUCAGAUUAUCUCCUUACUUUGCCAAUAUAUGUUGACUGGAAGAAGGCUUCUCAGUCCAAUGCAAUAAUAUACAGGCGGGGAUAUGCAACUGAAAGGCAGAAGGGUCUACUACUUGUUGAAAAACUAGAGUACAUACAAUCCAAACUUCUACGAGGAAUCUUCUUCAUUGUAUCGAAACCAUUGGGGGAAAUUGGGAGCUGGAUAACUGAGUCAUUGAAAGUUGCUCUUCAGACACCAGAGGUACAAGAAUGGACUGAAAAAAUGAGACUUUGGCUAAAGGAAUUCUCUGUUAUUCAGCAAGCAUUUCGUACUAACGAACAAACUUCUGAUGAUCUGUUGGGAGUAGAUCAACUAUCAGAUAGGGAACUUCCAAUAUGGCUGGCAGCACAGAGAGCUGUAUCUCGUUAUGAAGGAAUUUUAUCCCCAGUUGGACCCCGUGGAAGGCUCUUAAGGAAGUUGCUUUCAUGGAUUGGACUUAUUUCCCUUACACCAGAAACACCAUUUGAGUUUGAUGCUGAUGCUAAUGCUUCUGAUCCUUAUGCAAGGCCCAUCUUCUUAUCAAGGAUAUCACUUAGUGACAUAUGGAGACCUGCUACAUGGAAAUACUGUGAAAAGAAUAUAUGGAAAAUGUUGAAGACUUCUGUUUCCAUUCUUUUAUCAAAGUCAAUCCUCCAGGAGGCAGCAUAUCAAGAAUUGAUUUUGCUGUAUACCAAAGAAGGAGAUGACAAGAGUACUGAAGAUAAUGCUUCAGUUCCAUCGUUGCAGUUAAAGAUUUAUGAGAAAAUCCCUAUUCCGGAUCUACCAGUCAUCUUUCCCCACAAAAAGCUCUCUUUCCGUAUCAUAGACACGGUGCGCUUGGACAUUGCCUCAACAUUGGCGCUUUCAGCAUACUUCAUAAACUACAAAUUUGUUAAUGUCUUAUCUUCGCCGUCAGCAAUAUAUCUUGAUGUGGUCGCUAUCAGUGCUCUUGUAAUAUAUAUCUCCCGUGUGGUUCUGGGAUACAAACAGACCUGGGAUAGGUAUCAACUUUUGGUCAACAAGACGCUUUAUGAGAAAACCUUAGCUAGUGGAUUUGGUUCAGUUCAUUUUUUGCUGGAUGCUUCUGAACAGCAACAAUACAAGGAAGCCAUUUUGGCGUAUGCAAUCCUUCUCAAAGCUAAGGAGGGAAAGCUUACAAGUCGCGGGAGUGUUGGAGACACAUGCGAAAGAUUUAUGUAUGAUGUGUUUAAAGUAAAGGUUGAAAUGCCAGUUGACAAGGCAAUUGCUACAUUAUUAAGACUGGGGCUUGCUGCAGAAACAAGUAUUGGUGGAAGGAUUACUCUGCAAGCUAUUCCAUGUUCCAGUGCAUAUGAUUCCCUUAAACAACGUUGGAAUAGUUUACUCAGUCAAGAUUGAUUAUUGUCCAGCUCCAAAGCCAUACAAGUCGAUCAGGACAAAUUAUUCUCAUGAAAUCAUGAGAAAUUUAUAAAUUAUUAGAAAAUAGAUCAUGCAAUUGCAUCUGUAUAGUUAUAUUAUAGCAAAACGGUGUAAAAUCUCUUCGUCAAUAAUAAGCGCAUACUCUCUUCAUCAUCA